AUGGGGGCAGAUAUGGAUACUAUAACCUCAGCACAGCAAACAUCUCUGUACAGACCCAGUGUACGGAACUUGAUCAGAGUCUAUCAGCUACGUGAUACCGACAUCAUGAUGCCUACGAACUCAAACCUCACAAACAACACUCCUCAGUCAGAGGAAACUCCCCAGCUCUCACAACAACAAGUCGCCAGCUCCAUCCAAGCGGACGUUCAACAGGAUCCGCAACAGCCACUACAAAACCCCCCUGGCCUGAACAACGGACAAGGUCAACGCCUCAUAAACCUACCUCUCAUACCACCAUCUAUCCUACACCCACCUCUCGUACCGCCACCUCCUCACCCCCAGUCGUUGAUCCCUGAGGUGCUCAUAUCCAGGGAUACCAUCGAAUACGUUGGCUUCACAUCCAAGAUGGCAGACCAUAUGUGGGAUGCCUGGGGAAAAUGGCCUAGCGGAAAGCUCCGGCGCGAGACAGACCCUGACGACGGAAGGCCAUGUAUUACAUUUUUGCAAUUCAUGAUCAGACACAUCGUCUAUUACAAGGACGCUGCCUUCUGGGAAUUAGACGAAUGGGAAAAGUGCAUGGAUAUAUAUGGCCUGUCCGAAAGCACGCAGAAGGAGAUCAUGAAGUGCACCACACGUCCUCACUUUCCCUUUUUCAACUGCUCACACUGGGCAAAAAUGGUCGUCCUGUCGAACUACGAGGUGCUUCAGAGAUUGCAGCGGACUUGUUCACUGCAAAUGAUGCGGCCUGACCCUGCGCGGCAUCGCGCUCUUCCUCUCAGGUUUAGGAAAAAGGGGUCGGGCUCGGAGACCACGGGCUCACUGGCGCAAAGCUAA